AUGAGACAGUGUCUCCAUGUUCUGUCAUUCUUCAUCCUGUGGACUACAGGUAAUUCACAAUCAAGCCGGACUCGACUGACUUUAAUUUGAAGCUCUGAUUAGAUUUCUAUCUGAUAUUUCUUUCUGUCUGUCUGUUUUGCUGCACAGCACCAGUUGAUGGAGGAGGAUCUGUCAUGCAGAGAGACUCGCUGAUGAAACCUCAGGGUGACGAUGCGACAAUAAGCUGCAAACACACCAUGGGGAACCAGUUCUUCUACAUGCACUGGUUCAGACUGCUACCUGGACAAAGUCUGGAACUCAUCGUGUCCACGUCCCACGCCAACAAAAACAAACCUAAUUUUUUUGGAAACUUCAGCAGGGAGAAAUUCUCCACAACAAAGCCCGACCUGGAGAACGGGACCUUCACAGUGAAGAACCUGGAGCCAGGAGAUACAGGCUCGUAUUUCUGUGCCGUGGGCAGCCACAGUGACACAGAGGUGAGAGGGAGCCGAACAAAAACCUGACAAGGCUGAGAGGAAAACCUGCAGGGUUUUGUUCCCACCAGCAGGGGGAGACAACCCUCAACAAAUCGAGACGACCCCUCAGUGACCUCUCUCCGGUACCACCUGUGUUCAUUAAACGCUGCAUACAGGAUGCAGAGCUGAGCAGACGGGACCGGGGAGGACGGCUGACAGGAAGGUUUAAAAUCUUAAGUAAACAUGAUUUAUAAUAUUUUCAUUUUCUGUCUCCUCCUCCUGUCAGGAAUCAGAGGUGAGAAUCACUUUCAAACUUCACAGCUGAUCACUUCUGUCCUCUAAUUUGUGUCUUCUCCUUUUUCUUUAGGCGACUCCGACACCAAGACUGUCAAGCAAGAGCCAGAGUCCCUCAUGAAGAAGAUCGGUGAAUCGGUCAUUAGUGAGAUUAACUGUUCGCACAGAAUCACGAACUACGAUGUGAUUCUCUGGUACAAACAGGACAAGCACAGAGGUCUGAAGCUUCUGGGAUAUCUGAAUAAUCGCUUUCCCAAUCCUGAGGACGACGUGAAGGGAAAAAUCAACUUUGAUGGAAACGGACGCAGUGACUCCAGACUGAACAUCACCAAUCUGUCUUUGGAUGACAGCGGCAUGUAUUUCUGUGCUGCCAGUCGACACAGUGCUGCAGAUCCUCCUGGAGUCGCGACAAAAACUCUCCUCAGUCUGUCUGCAGACACACGACGACAACACACUCAUGAACACCUGCAGCCUCCACAACACAGAGAGAACUUUAUCAACCGUUCACUGUUCACCUCAUCUGACCCUAACCUUCACUUUACUCUGUCUGAAUAA